AUGGGGAAAGGAAAGAAAAACAAAAACCGUCCCAGACGGGACGCCAAACUUGCAGCUAAGUCAUCCACCACCGAUACCACGGAUACUAGUCGUGAUACAGCUACCGCGCCACUCAGUGGUGGGGGAGGGCAGAGCAGCAGCACCCCCACGAUUGAAACCACCGUCGACCCUGAGAACAAAACAGCAAACUCGAAGGUCCCCAACUGCCAUUUCGUGCCACGGUGGAUAUUAAAGAACUUUGGCUGGCAGGAGGGACUAUUAUAUAGAUCCCGCCGUCCUAACGACCCAGAAAUUAACUGCUUCGAUUUGGGUUCGAAAACACUUACCCGUCGUCUCGUCAGCAAGGCCUAUACGAAAGAAGGUUUGUUUAAGGACCCCGACAGCGCCCCAGGUAGCGUUACCUACAAGCUCGAGACCGAACUCAGUAAACUCGAGGGCAAGGCGAGCAGAUCCUUCCGGGAAAUAAGGAAUGCUGUCAGCAACCGCGACAAAGACCCGAGCGCAGGCGCGGUCCCGCCACCAGUGUGCGUAAAGCAGAAGCGAAAGUAUUUGGAGGACUUGCGCAAGUUCAUGUUUGUCAUGUAUUAUCACCAGCUCUCUAUAGGGGAAACGUACUACAACGAAACACAUCCCGACAACGCAAAUUUACAGGAAUGGAUUAAAGAUUAUUGCCGAAAAUACGGCCUUUCGACUUCACCGAAGGACAUGCACAUAUGGCUCCAUGUCCUCCAGCACUACCUCCGGAAGGAGCAUGAUGACCUUAUGAAGGAAGGUGAAGAGGCUGAAAUGAAAACGAUCAAAAAUAUUUUCCACAAACUUGGACCGGAUUUCCCUUCACGAAGGAAGAGCAUGAUUCGUGACUUUCAGGCUACGGCUAAAUCUACUAAAGUUGACCCAAAGCUCGAAGAGUGGAAAUCACUCCCGUACUAUAACAAUAUGCAGAUGUUCCUGGUAAUCUGGGAAGCCGCCCCCGGUGAGGAGUUUCUGAUGUCAGAUAAUUCGUUCGGGCUUUACGAAGGACGAACCGACGAAACUGGACCACUCCACCGGAUCUAUGUCAUAUCUCCCAGGAUCGUUCUUGUUCUUUGUCAUCCAGGCCUCAAGGAUACCCGUCAUCUACCUGGCUUUAUGAAUCGUUUCAACCCAUUCCAGUUGAGCGAGGAAGACUGCAGCAUGUCCAUGCUCCUGAACGCGCCCCAUCCAGCAGCAAAUGUAAAGUACAAAAACAAACCACUGCCUUCGGAGAAUAUUUUCUACGGAAAUGCUGGAGCUGCACCCGCCCAUUCCGAUGAUGAAUUCGAAAUUCAGAUAUCUGUACUCUCAUCGGAAGACACCCAUACCAUCAACGCAAUCGUCCUAGGCAACGUCAAUAAGGAGGGCCUGGUUACGUUUCACUCGAAAAAUGCAGCUCUCAGAACCUUGGACGAGUUUAGCAAAAACCGAGACUUUGACCAUGAACUAAAACUCAAGUUUGCAUCGCUCGCGAAAGGAUUGUCGGAGGACCCCCACGUCCGGCCAACUAUUCAUUUCAACCUGCAGCGGUUUGAGCCAGAGGCCAUGAUUGCCCCCCUCCGUCUUCCCCCGCUGUCUACCGAGCCUGGUACCUUCUGGGAAACAUCUCUUAUGGUUUACCAUACCUUGCACAGGGGGCAUGAUCCCCAAUGUAUAUCCUACCGGCUGUGGGAAAAGAUGCAUACUUCAAGGAUCAAAAAGACUGCGGGCACUUGUUCAGAGCUCCGACCGGCAAGGCUGGCAUCCAAGCUAGACGACAAGGUGGCCUACGUUCUGUUCAAGAUCUGCUCGAUGAUUAUCCGAACUCUUUUUGACGGAUCUCUCAACCUGGAAGUAUACUUGGAACAGUUGAUAAUAGGCUUUCUGGACAACCUCUUGAAAAACAACCGACCCUUCUUUGAUAGUAUCGAGGAGGGGGUCAUUAGAUGCCUCCGUGAGGGUAGGAACCAGCCAGAGCUCGCCAGGGCGGCAAGAAUCAAGGAAUUCAUCAAUCCCGAGGAUGAUGAUCAUGUUCCAGUCCCUGCAGGCUUUUUAUUUCAUGAUUCCGAGGCCGCGGCGAAUCGGGCAGGUAUCCCUCCAAACCCAGACAUGGCCUAUAUGGAUUGGUCAUUUGCUCGAACGCACUACAUUCGAGGCACCACGAUUCCGAGCGAGCUUGAUCUGCCCUCUUCGCCGAGUUCAACGAAGCCAGAGCAGGGAAAAGGGUCGUCGGAUCUAGACGAAGAGCAAUCCAUGGACCUAUCUGCAAAGAUGAAAAAAUUCAGAGAAGCGGAUCUCGAACAAGAAAUUAGAGAUUCAGUUUCACCCCACCCAUGCGUUACGGCCGCGGACGACUCCUUGGGUAAAAAGGAAGUAACUCCAGAAGAGAGCCAGUAUCUACACGCGGAGGUCAGCCAGGGAAUUCAUUCCAAUGGUGGGCAGAGCCGGGGGGACGUGAGCCAUGAACUGAACCCGAGCUUCAGCCCGGAUGUUAGUGUCAACACCAAGAAGAUUAAACACACGGUAGACCAGAAAAUGCCGAAGAAUGUUGAUCCGGGUGUUAAAGCCGAGGUGGAGGCUGGCCAGAAGGCACACAGAGAUGUUGGCGGCAGCGCAUGGAGAGAUCAAGGCGGCAUUGUAAAUAUGCUCGUGUGGAGGUCCAUAAGCUUCCUGGUGGUCAUUGGUCUUGCUCCAGUGGCCUAUUCCGCAUGUAUCUGCGGCACAGUAAUACUCCAGAUUGAUGAGAUUCUACGCCUGCAUUACCAGCCACUGAUCAACGAGAUUUCACCGACCGCGGCGGAUAUCGAUCCAGGUCAGAGAGCCCAGAUCUCGGCAUUGGAGGAGUAUGCAAGGCUAGAGGACAUUCAGAGAGAAAAAAGCUACGUUUUUACCGUAACCCUCGGCUGUAUCGUCAUCGUGUGCAUUGCCUUUUAUCUUUACGGCUCCUUGACCAUGAACUGGGGGACAAUCACGGCGAACACUUACAUCUACAACGUUCUUACCCCAGUUCUUUGGCCAUUCUGGUACCAGGAAAACCAAGUAGUAGGAGGUGGAAUAGUUGUGAUGGAGGAUGGUGCCCCAGCCCAUAGGGCAGGUGCAACACAAGAACAGCGAGAUUUGUACCAGAUGCCCUCUCUACAAUGGCCACCCUCAUCGCCAGAUCUUAAUCCUAUUGAGAAUGUAUGGAAUUUGUUGAAAAACAGACUUAAUGCUAGGAGACCUCGCCUUAGGGGUGUUGACCAGAUCAGAGCAGCGAUACUUGAUGAAUGGAACAACGGUAUUACGGAGGAAGAAAUACUAGAAUUUGUUGAUAGCAUGCCAGAACGCAUUGCUGCUGUAAUUGAAGCACAAGGAGGACACACCCGCUGGUAG